CUUGCAAAGAUGCGUUCUGUGACGUAUUUGAGCCUGAAUUGUUUGAACAACGACUUCAGCUGUUCACCACCUUCAGCUGUUCACCUUCAGCUGUUCACCUUCACGAUGUCGAUCGCACCUCCACCAUUGCCAUCUGCCAUCAGCGGCUUUGGGGUACAGAAUGGAACCGAGGACAAACUAUCAGCACAGGACACUGAUGCAACUAUGGAGGAUGUCGCAUCUGUAGGCAUCAUUUACCCACCUCCUUAUAUUCGAGAAAUCGCCGACAAGACGGCCGCUUAUGUGUCAGGGAGCAAUUCGGGAGCAUUGCUGGAGGAGCGUCUUCGACAGAGCGAAAAGAACAACGCCAAAUUUUGUUUCUUGAACCCAACGGAUCCAUACCACGCUUACUAUGCAUUUAAAAUCAAGGAGGCCAAGUCUGGGAAAGCACCCAAGGCAGCGGAGAUCAAGGCUGAAGUGGAGGCCAAGGUGGAGGAGGCGAUCAAGCCACCCCCAGAGGAACCCCCAGCGUUCGAGUUCAUGACACCCAUGCCUUCUGUUUCUGCUCAAGAUUUAGACGUCUUAAAACUGACUGCACAGUUUGUCGCUAGAAAUGAGAGACAAUUCAUGGUGUCAUUAGCUCAGCGCGAGGCUCGCAACUACCAGUUUGAUUUUCUCCGACCCAACCACAGUCUGUUCAAUUACUUUUCAAAACUCGUGGAGCAGUACUCUAAGAUUAUGGUCCCAUCUUCCGACAUGCUGGAGCAAAUCGAAUCGAGAGCCGCCAAUAAAUACGCCGUGCAAGAUAUUGUUAUGAGACGAGUCGAAUACACAGCUUACCAGCAAGAGCUCCGGAAGAAGAGGGACGAAAAAGAAGACGCUGAGAGACAGGCGUUCCUGAGCAUUAACUGGCAGGAUUUCGUGGUGGUACAGACGAUUGAGUUCACAGAGGCUGAUGACGCUGUAGAGUUACCGUUGCCCAAGAGUUUGAAGGAGCUGGAGACCAUGUCAUUGACACAGAAGCGCAUGAUGCAAGUCUUGGCUGAGACAGAGGCUGCACCGGAUAUGCCGCAGGACAUUGAAAUCGACAACGAUGAUGUGGACAUGGAAGAUUCGGACGACGAGCAGGAGUACGCUGCACCACAGGCCCGCGAGGAGGUGGCGAAUGUGAAGGAAGUCGUCAUGACAGCACCUCAACUUACAGCGCCAAUGAAAAUCAAGGAGGACUAUGUUCCAAAGGCAUUUAAGGGUCGUACCGGCGCUGCGUUGGAGGAGGCAACCCAGACUUGUCCUCGCUGCGGUGAGCAGGUCAAACUAUCAGAGAUGGAUGAGCACGUCCGCGUGGAGCUGUUAGAUCCCCGCUGGAAGGAGCUGCGCGAGCAAGCGGAAGCCAAGACCAAGGCCAGUAACAUGGUCAGCGAUGGUACGGAUGUCGCAAGAAACUUGAGCAUGCUCAAGGCUCAUCGCACAGACAUUUUCAACGAAGAAGAGCAAACCACGAAUGCAGAGGAGGAAAGAAAGCGGCAGAUCGAGAAGGAAAUGAACGUCUGGGACGGUCAAACGGCGACUGUGGCGCUUACGGCGCAAAGAAAUGCUGCCGCUGCCGCCGCUGCAGCUGGUACAAGCGGUCCAGGAUAUGGUCUGGAUGUGCCAAGGCCACCAGAGUCCAAUAUCGGGCCGCAGUUUGGUCAACCUACCGCACAGCCUCCUCUUUACCGCCAAGCAGGAACAUACAAUCAGACAUUCCGUGUACAGCCCGGAGGACCACCACCAAUCCCGCCGCCUGGCAUGAUCCCACCACCAGGCAUGUCUGGAAUCCCUCCGCCUCAGUUUGGACAGCAGCUUCCGCCUGGUAUGCCUGGUGCUCCUGGGUUCUAUCCCAAUGCCCCCGGUGUGGGAGCAGCUCCAGGACUGGCACUACCGCCUGCUUCAGCCAACCUGCCUCCGCGGCCAACACCUAUUCCAACUGCAGCAUCAUCAGCGCCUGUUCCAGGCGUCAUGCCGGCACAAGCACCCCCUACUGGACGCCAUCCCGAGGACGAUGUUUCCAUGUCGGACAGAGAUCCGAAGCGUUUCAAAUCCGAACACAACUCACCACUACCGCAGCCGCCUGCUUUUGCCGGGUCUUCUGCAAACGCCAUACCGAUGACUUCAGGAUCUAGUUGGAUUACGCUGGAGAUUCAAUUUGCAGAUGCGGAUGAGAUUAAGCCAGAGUGGAACAGGGACAAGGUGCCGAGUGUAACAGUCGAGAACCUUGUGAAUGGCACGAUGAUCUCGACCGUAAAGGACAGGAUUUUCGCAGCAACAGGAUUCCCUGUGGGCAAGCAAAAGCUGAUCCUAAGCGACGGCACAGUUACCAAGAAUCAGGCCACACUUGGAGAGUAUGGGUUCAGGAUCGGCCAGCGUGGUGAAUUGCGUCUUGCAGUCAAGAAGUAAUAAUAGUAGCGACUUUAAUGGAAUAAAAUGUAAAACUUUAUGGAGCAUGAAUCCUGUAAG